AUGGCCGUAACCUCCCGCAGCUUCGCCGUGAUCGGACUUGGCAGCUUCGGCUCGACCGUCGCCACCGAACUGCAACGCUCGGGCAACACGGUCGCCGGCAUCGACAUCGAUGAGAAGCGUGUCUCGCGGGUCGCUGAACAUUUGUCUUCGACGGCCAUUCUCGACGCCACCGACGAGGAUGCGCUGCGCGAAAUCGGCAUCGACGGAUACGGGGCGGCGAUCGUGGCGAUCGGCGACGACAUAGAGGCGUCGAUCCUGACGACGAUGAACCUCAAGCUGGUGGGUGUCGAGACGAUCUGGGUCAAGGCCGCCGGCAAGGCCCAUCACCGCAUCCUGUCCAAGCUGGGUGUCGACCGCGUCAUCCAGCCCGAACAGGAGAUGGGGCGCCACAUCGCGCAGAUGCUCAACAAUCCGGCCGUCCAGGAUUAUGUGAGUCUCGGCAACGGCUUUCACGUGGUCAACAUCCUCGUGCCCGAACGGCUGGAGGGCAAGACGCUCGACGCCUUGAAGAUCGGCAAGAGCCACGACCUGCAGCUUCUGGGCCUGAUGCGCGGAACCGACUAUGUCGAUUGCGACAAUGGCGGUCUGACAUUGCAGGAAAAGGACAAGCUGCUGGUGCUCGGCAAGCGGGCCGAUCUGCGCCGAUUCGGCGAUUCGCUUUAG